CCGCUUCGGCCGACCAAACAGUCAAUCUCUAGACCGUACAGCGUAACGAUCGAGUCGGGACAGCUCGGAUAGUACAUUAAUAACAAUCACGAUCGGUUUUACGUCCGCCACGCGAUCUUCAAGGGAUAUUCCAGGUGAAAAGAGAAUAAAUAGACUUCACGAUGGCUGCUGCGGCACAUGGGAAGGUAAUAGAAGAGAACCCAAAGAUCCUGUCGGGUCCUGUGCUCACGAACUCACCCAAUGCGGUUUUGUCCAAGACCCUCCUAGGCAGAUAUAACGAUCUGCCACUCCCAGCAGACAAGAUCUUGGCCACUUACAUUUGGAUCGACGGCUCAGGAGAGAAUUUGAGAUGCAAAGAUCGCACAUUGAAUUACAUUCCUAAAGUACCCAAGGAUACUCUAACUAAACUACUGGAAACUUUAUCUCGGCGAAGCGUAUUGAAAGAUACGUCAGGACUGACAUGGACGCACGCGUCAAAAUACUUGCCUCCCUUUUUCAAACCGAAGGAUCUAGAUAACGUUUUUACUGUGGCCUGCAAGCUCCGAGAGCAGGAAAACAGGGACAGCUUUGAUGAGAAUUUACAAGAUUUGCCGGUGUGGAAUUUUGAUGGCAGCUCGACGCAACAAGCUGAUGGACACAACUCUGAUACAUUCUUAAUGCCGCGGGCUAUCUACAGGGAUCCAUUUAGGCGCGGAAACCACAUCCUCGUCAUGUGUGAUACCUUCAAAUACAACAUGGAACCGACGGAAACAAACCAUCGCGUGAAAUGUCAAGAAGCAUACGAUAAAUGCAAAGACGAAGAGCCGUGGUUCGGCAUCGAGCAGGAAUACAUCUUGUUAGAUUCAGAUCUGCGCCCCUUCGGCUGGCCUCCAGGCGGUUUUCCCCCACCACAGGGACCCUACUACUGCGGCGUUGGUGCCAACAAGGUUUUCGCCAGAGAUCUUGUUGAGGCACACUACAGAUGUUGCCUGUUCGCUGGUGUCCCUCUUUCCGGCACGAAUGCCGAAGUUAUGCCAUCUCAGUGGGAGUUCCAAGUGGGACCAUCCGUGGGAGUGUCCGCUGCGGACGACCUCUGGGUGGCCCGGUACUUGCUGCACAGGCUGGCUGAAGAGUACGGAGUCAUCGUUACAUUCGAUCCAAAGCCGGUUCAGGACUGGAACGGCUCCGGCGCCCACACCAACUUUUCAACUAAGAAGAUGAGGGACGAAAACGGUAUUAUUGAAAUCGAGAAAGCGAUAGACAAGUUGUCGAAGGUGCACAUGAAGCAUAUCAAAGUCUACGAUCCGCGCGGUGGCAAAGACAAUGAGAGGAGACUGACGGGACUCCACGAAACAGCUAGUAUUAAUGACUUUAGCGCAGGAGUGGCGAGUCGCGGUAGCAGCAUUCGGAUACCACGAUCAGUUGCAGAAGAGAAGAAGGGCUACCUGGAAGACCGCAGGCCGGCCUCUAAUUGCGAUCCUUACGCUGUGGUGAACGCUCUAAUGCGCACCUGCAUACUCAACGAAUAAUGCCCAAGACUGCUCUGCACCUGCCGUGUCUAGUUGUAUCGACCGCCGCCAACCAAUACCGUCAAUCACUACAUGUACCUACGCGCCUCUGCGAACUAGCUCAGGCUGUUUACAGUCCACUAAUAUACUUUGAAUUAUAGGUACCUAAUAUUUUUGAUGUAUUACCUACUAACACGAUUUAGUAAGGCCUAGCUAGAGUUUUAGUUUUAUAAUAUCAAACAACUAUAACAAAACUAAUAAGCAUAGCAUAAUUUAAACAGACAUGUGUAGAGGUAGUAUAAUGUAAUUAUAUAAAGGACCACAUAAGAUAUUAAAAAUAUUAUAUUAGAGUAUAUUUUACGAAUAUUAUGUGAUAUUUAAAAUUAAUUGUUAAUUUUGAAGUUAAAUAGUUUAUUUAAACAAAUAACCACAUAUCAUGAUUUUAAUAAAGAUCAAAAUGGGAGAUUAUUUUACGGAAAUUGUCAUGUUGUACAAGUUCUUAUCGAAAUCGGUUUUACAGCAAGAUGGCGGUAACUUAUUCGAUGAAAUCAUCAGUUACGAGAAUAAUUUUGUGUUAAAUCACGUAUUGGUCACAAAUAUUCCUUAGAUUAGUUCUUAGGUCUGUAAGGUACAUAGAACAUUUAUACACGACUGUAUUUACGAGAAAUAUCAAGAAUUUUAGCACUAAUGUAUGUAAGUUAUCACGAGAAUACAUUGUGUAAAGCACAAAUAAUAGCGGCUGAACAUGUUUUAUGUAUGUCAGCAUAGGGCAGUCGCAUCAUAUGGAUCUGAAUGGUCGAACCAAAAAAUAUCCAUUCAUCUGAAGUGGUAUAUUUAUUUCAGAGUGCUCAAAAUAUGACACUGCACUUUUGGACAAAAUGAACCUUAUGUGAAUGAAUUGAAAAGCGCUCAAUAAUUUUAUUUUCGGUCAGUUUGACUGUUCGGAUCCUUUUGUAUGCUGAUUGUAUGUUAACUUUCAAAUGUAAUGGCAUAUUAUUAUUUACCUACUAUUAUUGCAUGCGUCUUCGUCGUCGGAAUGUAAAUGGAGAUGUUAUAAUAAACAAUACUUUGUCGUAU